AUGCCUCAUGCAACCGCAACUGUAAAUGGAAUCGUAGUGGCCGAAACUGACACCUACGAAGUCGUUGACGGGAACAUCUACUUUCCACCCAACACCAUCAAAAGCAACCAUUUUACUCCCACUGACACCAAGACACAUUGUCCUUAUAAAGGCGACGCAAGCUACUACACCGUCACAACCAACAAGACCGAAGUAAAGGAUGCAGCUUGGUACUACCCGGAGCCAUUGGACAGCAUGAAGCGGAUCAAGGGGUAUGUUGCAUUCUACAAAGGGAAGGCUGAAGUGAAGAGCGAGUGA